AUUAUUGUGAUUGGCCGCGCGCGACGACUGAUCUAGUUUAUCCAUCAUGGCCGUCAUGUCUCUACGCUUGUCUCGCGAGCGCGUUACUCGGUAACAAUAAAAAAAUAAAUAACAUCGAAGAUAUCGCGGAAUGAAGUACCGUUUUUGGUAAUGACAAUGUCGAUACUGCAUGUCCGGCCGUAGUUCGUGUAUCAAGUACUUUUAAUUGUGUCGAUAGGAUUCGGCUGACUACCACUAUGAAGCCGUAUGACAAAUCCAACGUAAGUAGAUAUCUAGCGGACGGUGCCGAAACGGUAUUAUCAAUACCAAAAUUUUAAGUUUGACUGCACAAUGUAUGUAUUUUUUUCAUCGAAUCUUGUAUCUUCGUAGACUACUCGCAAUGACCUAAUCCGAUCUUGCAUACCUUUGCAUUCACUGAUUUCUACCACCUUUUUCCCGCCCGUUUACGCCGUGCAAUCACAUGGUCGUACUGGUGAAAUUCUUAUAGCAUCGGCACUUAUUGAUACGCGUCUUAUAACGUGUAUUCAACGAUUAUCAGUGAAAACUUUUUUGUUAUUAUUUCAGUCAUUUAUGCGAAGGGUCACCAAACGUGUUUCCCAACUUAUACCUGGGACGACAUGGAUGAACAUGUUACUGGGUGAAACUCAAUCAGCCGAUGUUGGUACGUCCGCUUGCGAAAGUGACGAUCAACCUCCUGUGAAAAAAUUAUGUACGUCAAACAAUACGUUUUCUACCACAAAUAACCGGACGUGUGGGGAUACAAGUCCAUCUAUUACUUCACCAGACAACCAUAGAAAUUCGAGUAUGUAAAAAAUUAAUCACCUGUGGCUGUUUUGCUUUUUCAACUAAAAUACCUUUGUUUAAGUAGAUGUGAUUACUUCUUUACCUGAAAUAAAUGCUGUUAAUUGUGCGCCAAGUACAAGUACACAAAGUGGACAAUUUUUAAUACAAACAAAUUCUUCCUCCUUUAUUCAUAAUAUCAGUAGUCGGGGUAAGUAUUUUAGUUUUGCUAAAUUAAAAACCACUGUUAUCUAAAAAAAAAGUAUUUAUAUUUAUUGCACAAUUUUAAAUAAAAGACCUUCUACAUCUCCUAUUACAUUUUAAAGUUUGUUUGAAAAAUAUAUUUUAAAUGUAUAUGUACACUUUUAACUAUUUUGUUUUAUUAUAACUUUGAAGGGAUAAAAUAUGUUCUCAUUAAAUAAUACCGAGGUUGAUGAAUAUUAGGUUUGUUUCAACAUGCAUUCAAACUAUCAUAGAACUGGUGGGUGCAUGCGUAGUAGAAUUUUGUUGUUUCAACACAAAUAACACAAACUCAAACUGUCAAAUGUUGUUCCAACACAUUAGUCCAGUUUUGGAAGUGGUUUCUGACAGUCAAAACGAUCCACUAAUUCGAAUGGGAACUAGUAGUUAGAUAUCCUGUUAUCAUUUAUUCAUUGUUUUUUGUUUAUGCUAUCAAUUAUUUGCAUUUGAAUGUGUAACCAUUUCAAUUAAAUUUUAAAACAACAAAUAUUUUGUUACAAGAUAUAAGAUUAAUUCUCAUUAGGUUUUUUAUCUUACUGUAUUCUACAAUCAUGGACUAUCGAGAGUUGGUCUAAAACACGUUCGUUCCAACACUUCCCACAAAACUCUGAAUCUAUGAUCAAUCCAUGUUAGCGUAUGCACAGUAAAUCAAUCGCAGAUCAGUCUACGACUAGUCCCAAAUUCCAUAGUGGAACAAACCUAUUAUGUACACCAGAUUCAAGAGUAUAAUGUUUUCCCCAGCGAUUAUUAAAUAUUUGUAUACUGUUUUUCAUUAGUGAUUUACCCUUUGAAAUAAUACUUAUGAACUAUAUGCAAUAUGAUCAACUAUCUAUUAGAUUUUAUUAUUAUUAAGUUAAGCAUUUUUAAAAAAAAAAAAAUGUUUAAUAAACAAUUUUAAGGUUUUCUAAUAUAUUUAAAUUUCUUCAUUUUAAAUAAAGGUUCCCUAAAAAGAAAAUCAGAUUCGAUUGAUUUAUCGAAGAUUAACAAAAGUCCAAAAACGUUAACUGUCAAUUUUGCUUCAUCAACGCCUACUUUGAGUACAAUAAACAAGCAACCUGCUACUACAAAUAGUAAGUAUUGAUAAACCUUUUGUGUGUAGACCAUAUUUUGUUUAGUUUACACACAAAUAUUUAAAUAUAUAUAUAUAUAAUAAACGUGUUAAAAACUAUGUACCCAGUUAUAAGAUAUUUUUAGAGAUUACCAAUUUUUAUUUCUAAAAAAAAAGUAUUUUUAAUAACCUAAAUUAGAAAUGUGAGAAAAAGGUUUGAUGAACUUUGAUUAAAAUGAAUUGGGAGAAACCUUCAAAACAUUUUGUUUUUUGUUUUUUCGAUUUUAAUAUUGUUGAAAAAUAAAAUAAAUAUUUAAAUAUUUUCCAAAUUGGGUUGGAUUGUUUUUAUCACUUAAUACAUUGGUGUUAUGAAAACUGAAGUAUCAUAUUUUUAAAGUAUAUAAACCUUGAAAAUUAGCAUAUUUAAAAAUGUUUUGUUUUUAUCGCGUUUUUGAAACCAUUUUUAAAGAAGUUAUAGUGAUAGUGGACGGCUUGCUAUAUCUGUUGGUAUUACUUACAUAGUAAGGGGAUAUGCCUUACCUUACCUAAAUUUUCAUCCUGGUACUAAUUUAUCAAAUAAAUAUAUAAAGCAGUGUUUGAAACCUUAUCACUAUUUUAUUUAUUUUUUCAGGUUUAAAAAGAUCUUUAAAUUCUGACACAGUGAACACUAGUAAUGAAACUUUAAUAUCAACUUCAUUGAAACAUGCUAAAUCGAGUAAGAUUCUUAAUUGGUUGUUUUUUUUUUUUUAUAAAUCUAUCAAAUGUCAUACUUCUUUUUCAUAGAAGAUUAUUAUCUAAGACUAUUGUCUUGUGAAAAUGUUAUUUUCAAAAAACUUUGGUGAAUUUUUAUGUAUUUUUUUUAUUAUGUAUACAAUAUUUCCCUAAUUUUUGGUAUUCAAUUAAACUGAUUAUUUUGGUGUAAUGGUUAUUUUAGUGUAGUUACACCAAAAAGAGCAAAUAAUAUAAUAUUUUAAUUUUAAAAGAUCUAUAUAAAGUAAAUUUCCCAUAUUUUAUGAUCAUCAAAGAAAACAAAUUGAGAAUGUAGCACCCUUUUAAAUAUAAAUCUUAAUUUUAGGAGAGAACGAUUCACAGUCUUUAUUAAAAUUAUGCGAAACAACUUCAAAAAAUUCAUCUUCACCAUCAUUCAGAUGGGAUACAUUUGUAAAUUAUGGAGAAGUAAGUUAAUUUUAAAUUACUCAUUUAUUAUAUUAGCACAAUAAAUUAUUUGUAAUUCACUUUAAAUAAAAUUUAUAGAAUUAGUCAAUAUUGCUGGAAAGUAUAGUACAGGAUUAUUUUUAUUAUUAAUCUCAACCAAACUAUUGAAGCUUGGUUUUUGUCGUAAUGUUUAAGCUGUAUCUUUACUAGUAUAACAAAAUGAGAAACUUAAUUUACUCUAAUUACAAAUGAAAAAUAAAACAAUGAAGUUUUUUGUAUACUCAAACACACAUAUGUAUAUUAUUUUAUUGAUGCCAUUUGUAAAAAUGUAAUUUUUUACAAUUAUGUUCAUACCUCUUUAAAUGUGUACUUGUUACAUAAUUUAAUAUUACAUUAAUAGACGGAAUAUUGUAUAACAUUAGUAUGGAUGCAGUUUAAUCGUUUUUUGUAAUAUUAAUAUUUGUUCAAACUAAUUAAUUAGUUUCUUAUUUAGAAUUAAUAGGAACUGGCAUUAUUUUUUUUAAUUUAUGUGAUUAAUUAUAUUUCAGUUAACAGACCGUCAAAAAUUAUUUGCCCAGAAAUCUCCUUUAAAUUGUUCUCAAGUAAUGUAUGGUGGACGAUCUGCGCGUUCAAAUUUAUCAAAACUUCUUGGUAAUGCUCCUCCAAUUCAUAGAAAAACAAUUAUUCCAAUAUCACCUUCAAAUAAUAGUGAAAUUAGAACAACUUCAUCUAUUCUUUUAGGACAUAUUUCGACUAAGGUUGGAAAAAUAUAUAUUUGUUUUUAUUCUAAAGAAACUAAUUCAUAUUUUAAUUAUUUCAGGAUAAAGAAAUUGAAGAAAAUAAAUUUAUUAUUCAACCUAAAACACCUUUAAGGCAUAAAGCAAAUCACAAAACUGUACCUCUCAAAAUAGAGACCACAGUGAAAAUUGACACAACACCAGAAAAAAAUGACAAAACAACUGUAAAAAUUGACAAAUCGUAUAAUAACUCGUAAGUAAAAUAUUUAACUUUUGGAAACUAUACAAUUAGUAAAUGUUAUAAUUUAAUAUUUUCUUGUCUGUUCACAAAACAAAACCUGGUAUUAUAAUAUUCAUAUUGAUUAUUGACAUUCGUUAUUUAUAUAACGUCUUAACUAAAACAUGUCAACAAAUAAUAAGAGAUGUAGCAAUAUUUUUUCUACAACGGAAGAGACUAUAUGUUGAUCUAGUUGGCUGCAAAACCAACUAGUCUAAUAAUUCAAGGUAGUUCUUGCGUUCUUGAAAAAUUUUCUGUUUUCUAAUUGCAAAUAUUUAAUUCUGAUAUUUCAUUUUCAUAGUCUGAAUAAUAACUUUGAAUCCAAUUGCAUUUAUUGCUCUUUUCAUAUUUCUAAUAAAAAAAUAAAUAAUAUAUACUCUAUACUUGAAACUCAAGCUCAUAAAACCCAAAAUUAGUAAUAAAGAUUUAAUUAUUACUAGUAACAAUAAUUCUUAAAAAGUAUUGAUACUACCUAUUGGUAAUACAAUCCAGAGAGAUUUUAGUUUAACCAGAGGAUAAUCAAGCAGAAAUCCGGAUACUGGAGAAUUUCUUUAACCAACAUAUAUAAGAAUCAACUGUUGGUAAGUUUCAGUUUAACUGCCGGUUAUGUGUGUUAAUACUAACCGUCAGUGAACUUCAAAUUUAACACACGGUUGGUUCUUGUAUACAUUAAUUAAGUAAAGUCUCCAUAAACUAGACUUUUACCUGGCCAAAUUCUGGCGAUUAACUUCCGGUUAAAUUUAAAUUUCUCAAUUUGUCUUAUUAAAGGUAUUAAUCAAUACUUAAAAUAAUUAUUGUUACCACUAAUUUUGUGUUUAAAAUUUGAUAUGUAUGAUUGUAUAGUGUAUACAUUUUUGUUACAAUAAUGAUUAAAAGCUCUUCAUAACUGUGGUUUAAUUUGACCUAGAAAGUGAUUCUUUCUGCUUUAAAAAUGAAAUGGUAGAGUUUAAUGUUUCAAUUCAAAAAGAAGAAAUUUUUUGAGAACACAAAACCUAUCUUAUUUAAUUAUUAGACAGUAAUUAUUAGUAGUUAUUAGACAAAGUAGAGUUUUUGAAACAAUUUUAAAGAUACAAGCAGUAAUCUGGAUCUGUAAGCAACUUUUAUGCUAUAAAUCAAAAACUUCAUUCAAACCUUAUAGCAUUUUUGAUCUAAUUGAUACGUUAGUGUAUUUAAUUAAUUUUUUUUUUUUUUCUUAAAAAAAAAAUGUGGAAAAACCUAACAGUUUUGAUAUUUAGUCUAAUAAUUCUUUGUUUAGAAUCAUAUUUUGUUGUGUACAGAUUUAAAUUAAUUGUUAUGUAUUCUUCUUUUUCAAUAUUCCUCUUAAAACAAUAGCACGUCCAUCAACAGUAUCAGUCAUUUUUAUAAUACAUAUUAAUGAUUCAUUUUUAUUUUAUUUUUAAGGUCAAUUGGUUUUCAAUCGAGAAAACUAAAAGCUAAUAUUUCAAAGAAAGCACGUGGUUUGAAGUCCGAGGACCUAGAAAUGCCUGUUAAAAUUGAUUUGCCUAAUAUUGCUUUAACAGUGCCUGUAUUACCAAAUAUACAGCUUUCUUCUACUAAUGCUGAAGAUAACGAAUUCACAUUUGAUCAACCUUUAACAUUAGAACAAUUUAGUUUACAAAUGGUUGAAAAAACAUGUUUGAAAAAAGAAAAAAAGUCUUUAAAUAAUUUACAUAACGCUAAUUUAAGUGAUAAAGUUAGUUCACCUUCUAAAUUUGUAAAACCAUCAAUUAGUGUUUCUUCUUGUGAAACUGAAAAAGUAUCGAUCACAAAUAACUGUGAAAUAUCCAAGAAUAAUAAGAUAUCAUCUAUAUUUAGUAAUGAAUCGAAAAACGUCCCUAAUAAAUGUAUCCAGACUAAUAGUUCUGAAUUUGAAUCUAUAAAACCACUAAAUGUGUGCGACAAUUUACCUCAAGUACUAAAAUCAAAUAUUACAAAAGAACUAUCAGAUGACAAUGAUAAAGAUAAAAAUAAAACUAAUUGUGUUGAACAUCAAACUUCACUGCCUGAUAAUUCUCAAAAUACAUUUAAAGUUAAAUCUAGUACAUGGACUUGUGAUACUUGCUGGGUUCCAAAUAAAAAUGAAAUUGAUGUUUGUGUUGCAUGUCAAACUCAAAAACCUGGAACUACCAAAAAGGUUGUUGAACAAAGUUCUUGGACAUGUGAUGCUUGUUGGGUUAAAAAUAAAAGCGAUUGUACUUCAUGUAUUUCUUGUGGCACGACAAAACCAGGAUCUGUUCCAGAAAAUAAACCUAAACCUCAAUUUUCAUUUGGGUUAAGUAAUAACACAUUUGCAAAAUCUAGUGAAAGUUAUAAAUUUGGAUUUGGUAGUGAUAAUACUAAUCAAUCGCCUCCUGAUAAUUUUAAAUUUGUUAUGCCCACAUUCAAAACUUCUGAAAUUGAAAAUUCUGCUGAAGCAUCCGCAGAAUUUAAAUUUGGUAUGGUUAAUGAUAAAGCUAAUCAUCAUUUUGUUGAUACAAACAUUUUUGGAAUUAAAAGUUUGACAAGUUCGCCGAUAAAAAAGGCUACUGAAGUGUCGAAUAUCAUUAGUAAUGAUCAUCAACCUUUACCUCAAUUUAAGUUUGGUAGUGAAAAUAAACCAGAUCAACCUGAUAGUAAGUUUAACUUUGGACUUAACGCAAAUAGUAUACCAAUAACACAAUUCAAAUUUAGUUUAGAUAAAACUAGUACUGACAAUUCUGUACAAGAAGAUCUUGCCACUGAUAGUAAUGUUAUUACACAAUCCACAAAUGAAUUAAAAAGUUUAGUUAAUAAUACAAAUGAAGUGACUGAAAAAUCAGUCGAGUUACAAAGCAAAACUAGUGAAUUCAAAUUCAGUGAUAAUAAUCAAACUGAUAAACCAAUUUCUCAAGCAACUUUUAGUUUUGUUGAAAAUAAUUCUAGUAAUUCUUUAAUUAAAAAUGAAGAUUUGUCUAAAAGUGAUAAAGACAAAAUUGAAACUAAUUCAUUUAACUCUCCUAGUGUAACUCAAACUGUUCCAUCUACUAUCGGAAGUACAAUUCAGUUGGUAAAUGGUCAUUCACACUCUGAUGAAACAUCAAUAGAAAAUCAAAAAUCUGGAUUGAUUAAAACCUCUCAGUUAUUCAGUUUUGGUUCUUUAGCAAAACAAGAUCAAAAUUCACUUGAUGACCAAAAAAGACCAAAAACAUUUUUCGGAACAACCAUUAAUGAUAAACCAUUUGUUGCGCCAACAUUAACUACUAGUAGUUUUACUGCUAGUACUGUAUUUGGCUUAAAUAAUAAAGUAUUUGGUGCUGGGCCCUCUACAUCAACUCCGACAUCAUUAAGUACAUCAGUUUCUACUCCUCAAUUUUCAUUUGGAUUAAUGGCCCCUCCAGUUUCUAACAAUUUUUUUACAAUGACGUCUAAAGAAAAUGAUAAAAACCCUCUAACUACUAGCUCGUUUACUUCUACGGCCCUUAGUGGUUUUUCAUUUACACAAUCUCCUCAUGUACCUGUAUUUAAUGACUCUAAUAUUGGAGGAAUUAUAAAACCUGUUCAGGUAAAUUAAAAAUCAAACUAUUUUAAAUUAUUUGUUUAUGUGUUUUAUUUAUUUAUUAAUUGUAGGCUGAAGAUCAAAUUAAUAGUAUUAAUAGUACACCAAAUACUAUAUUCAGUCAAUCAAGUACAAAGCACCCUAUGAAGUUAGAUCCUAACGCAUCAUUAUCCUCAAUUAAUUUCACUGGUGGAGCAACUACCCAAUUUACGUAAGUGUUUUAGAUUUUUAUUUUUAUUUUCUAUUUAAAACCUUUUUAUCAAUAGGGCCAAACCUGAAACAACUGAACAGAAAAAACCACCACCACAGAGAAAGAUUUUAAAACCAGUUCGGAGAAUUCGAUAAAACAUAAUACUUUUUAUAUUUUGUAAGUUAUAUUUAUUUUAUAAUAUAUUUAAUUUUUAAUGUAAAAAAAUUGUUCAAGUUUGAUCUUAUCAUUUUACUAAUAUAUUCUGUGGUUAACUGUUAAUUGAAAAAAUGAAUACAGAUGGAGGUCAGGAUUUUAUAUUUUUUUUUACUGAUUAUUUGGUGAUGCAAUUAUUAAUUGAAAACAUAUUUUGAUGGUGCACACAGAAUAUUGUGAAAAUGGUAAUAAUUGAUCAAUUUAUUUAAAAUAUCAGUUAGAAUUAAUGCUUUCAAGAACUAUUGAUUGGUUUUUUCAUUCUUUAUUUUUUACUAUUUUAAUAAAAAGAAACCAUUUUCGUCAUUGUUAUCAAAUUUCUUUAAUCUGUUAAUUUUUAUUUUUCUAAUGUUAUUUGUUUUGAAAUUGCUAUUCUCAAAAAUAAAUUGUAUUUCUUUUAUUAACAUUUAUUUAAUGUUGGCACUAAAAAUAAUUUUCUAAGUAUUUUGUUCUAACUGGUUUAAUAUUAAUUUUGUAUUUGGAUGAUAUGUAAUUUCAUAAAAAAAAAUUGUUAUAUGAUUAAUUAUUUCAGUAAAAUCAGGAACAGGCAGCCCAAUUAAAACUGAAUUUAUAAUGUACUAACUUUAUUAUUUUAUAGUUCUGUACAUAACAGUAUAAAUGUUAUGUAUUUAAUUUUGUAUUUUUGUAAGUUAUUUUAUUUUGCCAUUUUCAUUUUGUCAAAUAGUUAUAAAUGUAUAUCUGUAAAUUUAUUUGUUUUAAAGAAAAAAAUAAUGUCUUAAAAUGGUAUGUGUUUAUAUAUCUGACUGUGUGUCUUAAUAGUUAUUCUAUAAAACCUACUAUUAUAGAUUUAUAAAUUUUGUUUCAAUAAUGUAAUGUGAAAACUUAUUAUAUAAUUUGUUGUUAAAAGCCCUUACUUAUGUUAAGACGAGAUGUGAAUAUAGUAUGAGUAAUGUAUUAAACCUUAUUAAAUGGAUGUACAAUGUAUCAUGAUGCCCUAUUGUAAUAUUUAUUUGUUUUGGCAAGUUAAUUUAUUAUCAUUUAUUGGCUGCUUUGUGCCAUUCUUAACAAUUGUUAAAUACAAAUCUUUAUUUAUUUUUAAUGAACCUUGGUAUACAGAACCUAAUUUUGUUUAUUAAACAUAAGUACCUAUAUGUUUUUAGUUUUUUUUUUUCUUUUAGUUAUAUUUGUUUUAAAGUCUGACCCAAGGAAUUUCUAUUGGCAAUAGACAUGGUUUUUUUUAUAUAUAACCAUUUAUUAAAUUUAAAAAAUAAUAGCUGUCAAAUAUGCACUCAUAUUUUAUUUUUGUAUAGUAAAAUGUUAUAAAAGAAAUGUAUUAUAUUUCUAGUUGAAUGAUAGCCACGUUGGCUUUUAUGUCUGUGAUAUUCUUGUGGGUCAGGCUAUGUUCAAUUAAUAUUGAAAAAGUAUAGCAGGCUCACUCCUCCAACAUAAAUACAAUUUUUAAUUUAAAUUGCUUUAUAUAUUCUUCCAGUAUACAUUUAUUAGAUUAUUAAAAGAAAUAAAAUUAAUAUUAGUUGAAAAUUGUUUUUAUUAUUAUUAUUUCAAACUGUUUAUUUCCAUUUAAAUAGUUUCACAUCCGUAAGUAAUUAUUAUAUUGUUGUCUUUUUUUAUAUUAUAUAUUAUAUGUUGUAUAGUGUUGCAGAUUUAAUAUUUUGUAAACACUUAAAUGGAAAUAAACUAAUUUGACUGUGAUGUAAGGAUAUAAUUUUAUUUUUAUCCUUAUAAAUAAUUUUAGGAGUAAGGCUGCUAAUUUGAGCUUCAUGUAUUCUUUUUUUCUCUUUAUUGUACAGUCUUCUAAAUUAAAUGUGACUCAACCUCAAGUAACCAUUUAUUAUAUGUAUACAAAUUGUAAUUAGGUAGGUAUAUUUCAAAAUAAAAUUAUUCAUUUUGUUUUUUUUUUUAUGUCAUUUAUUGUAUACCUGCUGUUCCAUGUAGUUGAAGGUAUUAUAGAUUUUGAUGAAAACCUUGUUGAUUUGGACUUUAGACACUAAGUAUAAAAUAAAUUUAAAAAUAUAAGAUAUUUGGGUACUACAUACACCGUAUGACCAUGAACAAGUAGCAGUCAUUGUUAUUACUACUGAAAAAAAUCAUAGCCAUCAACACCUGACACAAUAUUUAUUAGACUAGUAGACUACCUAAUUAUUGAAAACAUAAGUCGUUUCAUGGACAUACAAAAUAAUAAGUCCUUUUCAAAAUAUUAUAUACUUCCUAUGAUGACACCAGUU